AAUGCAUUAAACUUUUAGGGUUUUUUUUUUCCCUUCCCAGCAUCUCAACUGCUCCUUUAUAAUAGGCCUGGAACUAGGGCUGACACUGUGGCCCUCAUGUUCCUGGCAAAGACGUGAGACCUCCCAAUGUCAAAGAGUAGGUCCCCAUCUUCCCAGUGAGUGAUGUCUUGUGACCGGUGAUGGCGUUGUGGCCAACUGAAAACCUUCCUGUUGCUUUUGGAAAAAAAAAAAAAGUAUCGAAGAGACAAAAAUGGGCAUCUAGUUCCUCGAACUUUUCUGAGAGCAGGAAAUGGAGGAAGAACCUGCUAAUUGAGCAAAUCCAGACCUUUCCUUUAAUAUCAUCACAGAAUAGACAGUUGGCGUCUCAUUCCUUUUGGAGAUAUGGCACACCUUAUGAACAGAUGCAGCCUUCAUUAGUGGCAAAGAUUUAAAGGAGGGUAGGAAAGCCAAGAGAGAAAGGUCCUUGUUAUUGUUAAUGAUGUAUUGUUUAGGGCUACCUUGGGAUUCGUAUGAAUAACUUCCUGUGGGAGUUAGAAUCUUGGAGUGUUAGAAGAGAAGGAUCUUGGAGAUCAACUUCUAAAUCACAAUGACCAAGAAAAUGGUAUGUUUAAGUGUGAGUUCAUCUCCUUUAUAUUUUUAUUGCUAAGGGCGGGUGUGACUGAGCUGCCUGGGAGGGCUGGGGCUAUCACCACGGCCACUGCACAUCGAAUUGAAUUGACACAUUUCUAGUCCCAAGCCUGUGAUGGUUUAUUCGGUGCCAUCAUAUUAUGGAUGAAUAUGUGGUUGGUCUAGGGCCUUUUGGAAUACUGAAAAUAGGUGUCCCCAAUUCCCCUUUUGGGGACAUCCGCAGCUGGCUCCAGUCCACCCAGCUUAUUUGCAGACCUAAAGAGCUUAAGUCACUUGCCCAUGGCCAGAGGUACAAGGACUUUGUAAGGUAACGCAGUGUCUGCAGUGCAGAUACGGUGCCGGGAAAAGCACUGUGCUGACCGGUGACCAUUGCUUGGUGUUGUUUUCUUUAUGGAAAACACGGUGAUGUAGCUGGAAUGUGCACUGGUCCGAGGCAGGCAGUGAACUAGCGACAAAACUGCGCUGUUUGCUAAGAGUGUCUCUGUGUUGACUCACAUGCCCACAGUCAUAAGCAGCUAUCUUCAAAAAUUAGUCACAGUCUGGUGGAUAUAAACACAGAACAAUUAACACCUGUGAUUAUCCUACGCUGUAAUUACCGAUGUCAGAGACCCCCGUAAAAGCUCAUUAAUCGAGACUCCCAUUAAUCGGGAGUGCCAAGUGACCGUCGAGGCGGGCAGCCCAAAGUUUGUUGGAGCCAGUGCGUAUGAAGCAGUUUGCUGAGCAAACUCAUGGUAUCAGCGUGACACAGACGUAUUGUUUGAUCUACUUGCAAGAACAAACACUUAGCUUUAAUAUCGGCAUGUGCAGUUAAAUGUUUAUUACAAGUCAUUUUUUAUCAAGGCCAACGAGGCUGCUUAGCAAUAACUUACCAGCCCUUUAAAGUUGUUUAUGGAUUUCGAAGUAUUUAAAUUGCACUUCUCUAUGAUUGUUUGGAAGUCAGCAUGGGAGGGCAGAUGGUAGUGUCUGACUUAUUUGUACCAGUGCUGCCGGCCAGGGUACCUGGUGCCGAGGAGACACCUGGGACUUCUUGGUCACCCGUAAUUGAAUGUGUGCGUCAAUCAGGUGGCCCUGGGAUUAGGAAUUAACCAGUUGGGAAAAAGCAACUCAUUGUGUUUCUCACUGGAGUCCCCUUGGCACUUUGGCCAAGAUGAUUCUUCCUUGCAAAGGUCUGUGCUGUGCACCCAGGGACAUUCAUCUCCCUCGACUCCCACCCCAGGUGACAGACCACCCGUUUCCAGAUCCCUCCCCAAACCUCCAAAACCAUUUCAUCCCUAGUUUGAAACCAUCAGUCCUCACCAAACACCAAAUGGAAUUCCAGAUGUUAGAAAGUUGAAUGUAAAAAGUGAGCUAAUAAAGGAGGUAGAAGAAAGUCCAAGUUAAUAUCUGGCAGACAAUUUUUUGAAAGAAAUUAAGCUGUUGGAGUCUCUGCAAAAUCACGCUUCUAAUGCCACUGGGUCCCUCCGUGGCUGCAUAAUACGUCUGUGUCCCUGGUUGUCCUUACAUGCCUCGUGGGCUAUUCCAGCUCUCUCCCGUGUUGCUUGGUCCCUUCUUUUUCAGCCUCUUCAAGGAGGAGAUUGAGGCCAGCUAAGGUCACUUGUCACCAAUUCACUUCUCCACCUGCAGACGUGCCCCUUUUAUUCUACAGAAGGAUCUGUCUGCUGGGGACACCCCCUCCCCCUCGUCCACUUCCAAGGGUCCCUCUCCUUCAGUCCAUCCUUGAGUUUCCAUUUUGUCUUUCUCUUCUCCCUCUGUCUGCGCUGCCCAUAAACGUCUUCCACUGUCCCCAAAUUCUAAAUGCGUCUCUAACAUCCACAGUCCUGUGCCACCACCCUCCAGCCUCUCGCUUUUGUGUACGCUCCAAACCUCUCUGUCACUUCUUUUAGCCCUGGGGAAAGAGCCUGGGUCCUGGCUGGGCAGCCCGGGGUACAGCCAGCCUCUUGGACCUCCCCGAGCCAGGUGAGGGACGUGGGCAGAUGCACCUGCCAGCGCAGGAAGAGCCAACCCGAGGGACGGGUCUCAGAUGCACCUGGGCUCCAGCUUCAACCCCUCAGAAGCUCCCACUGCCAGGGAAGGAAGAAUCACGCCAGGCCCUGCCUCCCGCCACUUCUCUGUCCUCGCCCUCCCUCCCUCUAGUGGUAAUCUCAGUCGCCCUGGAGUGUCUGGCAGCCGUCCCAGCCGUCCUGUCCGUCCUCUUCCCUGUCUGCUCCGCUGUUCCACCGCUUUGUGUUUUCCGACUCCGGCUCUCUGCCCUCCGGCUCCCCACUGUCACCAUUUCAAGCGGGGCCUUUUCGGAAGUGGUCUUAGCCGAAGAGAAGGCGACUGGGAAACUCUUUGCGGUCAAGUGCAUCCCGAAGAAGGCGCUGAAGGGCAAGGAGAGCAGCAUAGAGAAUGAGAUAGCCGUUCUGAGAAAGAUUAAGCAUGAAAACAUCGUUGCCCUGGAAGACAUCUACGAGAGCCCAAAUCACUUGUACUUGGUCAUGCAACUCGUGUCCGGGGGAGAGCUGUUCGACCGGAUAGUGGAGAAGGGGUUUUACACAGAGAAAGACGCCAGCACUCUCAUCCGCCAGGUCUUGGACGCCGUGUACUAUCUGCACAGAAUGGGCAUCGUCCACAGGGACCUCAAGCCUGAAAAUCUACUGUACUACAGUCAAGAUGAAGAAUCCAAAAUAAUGAUCAGUGACUUUGGAUUGUCAAAAAUGGAGGGCAAAGGAGAUGUGAUGUCCACAGCCUGCGGAACCCCAGGCUAUGUCGCUCCUGAAGUCCUCGCGCAGAAGCCCUACAGCAAAGCGGUCGACUGCUGGUCCAUCGGGGUGAUCGCCUACAUCCUGCUCUGUGGCUACCCUCCUUUUUAUGAUGAAAAUGACUCCAAGCUCUUUGAACAGAUCCUGAAGGCAGAAUACGAGUUUGACUCGCCCUACUGGGAUGACAUCUCUGACUCUGCAAAAGACUUCAUUCGGAAUCUGAUGGAAAAAGAUCCAAACAAAAGAUACACCUGUGAGCAGGCGGCGCGGCACCCAUGGAUUGCUGGUGACACCGCCCUCAACAAAAACAUCCACGAGUCCGUCAGCGCCCAGAUCCGGAAGAACUUCGCCAAAAGCAAAUGGAGACAAGCGUUCAAUGCCACAGCUGUCGUGAGACAUAUGAGAAAACUACAUCUCGGCAGCAGCCUGGACAGUUCGAAUGCAAGUGUCGCCAGCAACCUCAGUCGGGCCAGCCAAAAAGAUUGUGCGGGUCUCAGGAGUCGGAGCGGAGCGGAGACCCAGGCCCACCACUGUGACGACAGUGCACACGGGAAGCAAGUGACUGGCUCUGGAGGUGGGGGCCGGGGCCGGGGCGCCCCUCCCGCCAGCCCCCAUCUUGCAUGGUGCACCUCCCUGCAUCGGACUGGAAGACAGAAGUUUUUUUUAUGGCCAUAUUUUCUACUGCAAUUCUGAAGUGUUCAUUCCGCACAAACCGUGCUGACUCCAGGGGGGCCGGCCUGGCGGGGCCGGCGCUGCGCAUGCGCGCCUGGCGAAGCUGUGUCCGGACCGACCUCUGACCCCUCGCCCCGGCGCGCCGUUUCCUCUCUUCUCGGCUUAGGUAACCGCCUACGGUGUAUUUUUUCAUUGACGACAAAAACAAAAAAAUGGUUUCAACUGGA